AUGUCCUUGGAAGAACCCAUAACCUUGCGACAGGCGCUCAGCGUCACGCCGCUUACCCAUUUGAUUCCAAAGCAAGAUAUGUUCCCGAUGAUUGCAACGUUAAAUUUGACUCCGGUGGUUCCUCUAGCAGAAGAAGGACGCGUCUUGGACACGAAUGGAGACGAAAAAACAGAUCAAACCGAGAAAAACAGUGCUGGUCCAGAAAACCGUGUUCAAAAUGCUCUUACAGACGACGAAUUACUCUUGAUCGAAGAAUUGGACAAAUUUGAAAGUCCCCUCGUUUUGGAAAUCUUUGAGAAAACGGCCACCAAGAACGCCCACGAUACCACUAAUGACGAAAAACUAUCUCCUUUUGAAGCAGCCAUCCUUAAAGGCAACACCUUUAGCUACAGUCCCAAACAUAGACAAGAAAGAGCGGCCAGACCUCAUAUAUAUACCCCUUCUGAACUUGAAGAGAUGCCCAAAGAGGAGUUUAUGGAGCAUUACAAUCGCGUCGUUAGUCAGAACAAGCCUUCAGCUCUCAAAAGGACAUUUGAUUUAGACAUAGUCGAAGGCUCGAAACGACUACACAAGAGCCUGAUCGAAGACGAUAGGCUCCAGCUCGAACAAUUCGUUCACCAACUUGCAUCUACAGAAGGUUCUGCCAAUUCGAACUGGCAGCCUAGUGGCGAAAUAAUUCUUUUAUCGAUCGCCAGUCUUACUACUUUAAAUGACCAUAUCACUCGUGCUUUUUCAGCGCUAAGUACUUGUGAUACAGAUUGCCUCCUUCAAAUUCAGCGAUGGUGCAACACAUCUGUCAUCUUUGGAUGCUCAAUAGACUGGGACACCUUGAAGAGAAAUAUUGAAGCAGAGUCAUCACAGAGAAUUAAAAACCUCAUCGAAACAGCAUUGAGAAGCAUAAUAGCAUCAAAAAUAAUUCUUCUGAUUUUAAACGGGAGCAGGAAAGAUAUCAAGCAGCUACAUGUGGAAGAGCCCUUAAUUGCUGUUGUGGACUUUGUGCUGCAAUUCGUGGACGCACUCAGGCUGCUUAUAUCUUCGAAAACCACCAAGUACAAAAGUUCUCUCGGUCGAUGUAUUUCGUCGCUUUCAUCAGUAAUCACCACCCUCAUUCGAUACAUUAGCACGAACGACCUUGAUGACAAUUUGGUCACGAAAUUGGAAAACCUUUGUGUGUCCUUGAUAUUCUGCGACACUCCCCCGAAAAAUGCAGAAACAGCAGUUCCGAUGGAAUUAGUGGAAAGCAUAAAAAUGGAUCUCUCUUCCUUGAUUCUUACUAUAUUUAAGCGUUACGCGGAUCAGCGGCUUUUCAUUCUAAACGAAAUAUUCAACAGCAUCGACAAGCUCACUUUGUCAAAAGUCAAAACCGUCAAAAUUGGAAGGGGCGUCGGAGUUCAAUUGCAUACUGCUUUGCUCGUGAAUUUGCUACAAUCGGUUGAUAGCUAUCAGCUUGAACAACUUAUUCAAUCCUAUGGCCCGAGGAAAAAGCAUAACACAAGAUCUUUGAAAGAAGUGGUUACAUCGGCAACCGCCAUAACGUCAGAAACUAGAGAAAUCGCGGUCAAGGCUGUAGAAGGACUUCUUUCAUCUAUCCCAGGAGGUAACAUGACCAGCAAGCAGGUGCUUCAGUCCUUGGUAGAUGAUCUCAUUGGAAUUGUUGCCAAUCCCGAAUGCCCUGCUGCUAUGGUCUAUAUCGAGUGUCUAUUCUCAACAUUUGUAAAGAUUCUUCGAGAGGGUUUCAAGAAAGCUACUCAAUCAACAUCUCAACAAGAAAGCUUUGCACUCGACAUGAUUGGUGUUAUCGGGGAAAAGCUUUUAGAUUUGGGUCAGGACAAGAACUCAUUCGGCGGCACUGCAUUAGCACCAGUAAGUACCGAAGAGAUUUCAGAAAUGCGCUCUAGUAUGGAAAGUACGUUGUGCCGAAUGCAAGGACUCAAGAAUAAGAACCCAGAAAUACAAGAUGCUUUCAACUUUCUCACAUUGCAGUUCAUUUCUUUCAUGGAACCGUUUGUCGAUAAUCCUGUCAAUGAAAGUCAACUCCAAGCACUCAGUUCAGAGCCUAUUUCACCUGAAACCAAUAGUACCGAGGUAGUCGAAUAUCUACUCGACGCCUUGGCAGAAGGGUCUGUGACACUCCGUAGUGGUGCGACGCAGAUGUUUGACAAUGCUGCUCAUAUAAAGUUUCGGUCCCACGGCACCUUAAGUCAACUCCAUGAAAGUUUUGUUGCAAUUGUUGUGGAAGCAUUGGGAAGUAACAAGAUCAAACUUAAGUCUCGAGCAAUCAAGAUUCUCUCCGUUUUGGUUGAAAAAAAUGAUACCGUGCUUCUUCAACCUAAAGUACAAGAAGUUAUAUCAGAAACGUUAUUUGAUUCUUCCGCUCUGGUACGGGACGCUUCCAUCGACUUGGUUACGAAAUACUUGACUUCAAAACCAGAGGUUAUUCGAGGCUUUUACAAAGUGAUUUGUGAAAUGUUCAAUGAUGACAGCGUACAAGUGAGACGUAGAGUUGUGAAGUUUGCUCGUGUCAUGUAUGAAAAUACCAAAGAGAGGAGGAUCAAAGUGUAUAUUGCGGUAAGAAUGCUUGACCGGUUGCACGAUGAAGAUGAUUUCAUUGUUGAGCAAUUGAAUGCUGACUACAUCGAUUUGUGGAUUAAAAAGCACGACACAAUACCCAUUCUAGAAGUGGCCGAAGUUAUGAUGGAUGUUGCCUUGAAAAGGGAAGAAACCUUUCGUUACUGGCUCGAAAACAAAAUUUUAGGCACAGACUUUCAGACUGGCUUGUACCCAAUAAUUGACUCUUUGAUUGGGUUUGUAAUUGACGGCAUGAAUACCAGAUAUCAGAAGGAUGUCGACAAAGCACUUUACUUGAUUUCAAUUUUUGUGCUGUAUAAUGGAAAGAUGAUCAACCAAAGUCAACUACUGUCGUUCUUACCCUUCUUGCAAGAUGACACUACACCUCAAGCGUCAUAUCUUCGCAUCUUAAUGAUUUAUCGGCAUGUCAUUCCGGCUUUUGUUGCAAUGUCUCCAACUUUUGCAUCUUCUGUGGAAUCAUUAUUGUUGAGCAAACUUACAAAAUAUGGCUUCAAGGCACUACAGGAAGCCGUUCCAUGUCUAUGGUCCUUAUGUUCCCGAACUGAGAGCUCUCAGAAGGUUGUGAACGCUCUUAUAUCAUGCAUUAGAAUGCUAAAACCAUUGAUGAAACAAUUGAAAGACCUCAGCGGUUCUUCCAAGGAUAUACUUGAGAGCGGCAAGGCUGCAAAACUCAUUGAUCUUCUAGGUUCUUUUGGCGCUUACUGCAAUUUUGAAGAGCAUCGUGAGACCUUGACAAUGGCGGCGGUGGGACUUCGUGAGAAUGAAACAGUUACUAGUUUGGUUUCGAAGUAUCUAUUGUUUUUUUGCGAAGGGCAUGGCGACGAAUUGGCACUUGUUUCCAUUCGUGCUCUUAUUCUUGUUUCGUCAAGAAACCCUCAACUCUUCACGUCAAAUCUGAUCUUGGAUAUAUUGGACAAAUCUUUUGAAAAGAAAAGUUCCAUACAAGCGGUAGUUGUGGAGGGAUUAUACGACUUCUUGAAGCUAGAGCACAACGUGAAAAACGUAAAAGAAGGACAGAUAAAGGGAAAGAAGAAGGGACUGAAAUUUGGAGCUACCAGUGCACUAGAGGGCGUUAGUGGCAGUAUUUCUCAAAGGUACACGCCUCUGAUUUUGAAAUUAUGCCUCAAUGGAGAUGAGACAGCACAGUCUGCCUUCACUCUUCUCAGAGAAAUCGUGGAGUCAGGUUUGGCCAACCCUAAAGUAUGCAUUCCAACUGUCAUUGCGCUUGAGGCAUCCCCAAAUAGUUGGGUUUCAGACGAGGCCAAAAAAUUGCAUUUGCAUAUGAUUGAACACCACGAGUCUUUAGUAAGUUCCAACUACCCUGAGAGUAUUCGGCUUGCGCAGAAGGUUAACAAACACUCCAAGCUAUUUUUGCAGCUGCUUUACGAAAUCGCAUCUCAAACAGCUAGCUCCAAGAAAAAGUUGGUAGCUGCUCUUGUGAAGUGCCUCAAAGUUCAAUUACGUAUCGGGACAGAAGAAUCUCUUGCGCAACUCAAACUAGUUAAGUUUGUGGUUUCCAAUGCAGCGGAGGUGAGAUUUCUGACGCUAGAAGAAGUCUUGAGCUUAGUAGUGGCUAUCGAGCGAGAACUCUCACGGGAGGGAAUGGAUCUUGCAGAGCAGCUUGAGGACGGUACUCAAGAUUUACCUAAAAAACAGGUGUACGGCUUAUUCUAUGCCACCGAGGGACUCAGUGGAAUGCUACACUUCAGAAACUUCUUGUGUGAAAAGUUUGGCAUUUCUCGGUCACAAAUCGAGGCUUUUAAUCCUCGGAGAGUUGAUUCAGAGUUUCGGAGGGAGCCAGAAGCUGCAAAAGUUGGACCAUUGCUCUACGAGUGGCAUAUGGACAAAACUAGCCGUGCUGAAAUGGCCAAGGUGUUUACGCGGUUUAUUGAGGAAAUGGAUACUUUCAGCUAA